AAAUAAAGCAGAGUAGAUGUCUCGAUCUACAGAGUUUGGCUGCCACAAAGUUCGUCAGAAUUGUACUUCUGAAGAGAAUUUCAAGUAUCAUUGUGUUUUAAAUGUUUGGGGGAGUGCCACUAUUGAACUGUGCGCAAAGGAAAAGGUCAUCGUGGGUCGAAAAUGUGCAGAAUUUUCCCAUGGCGGUGCUUUUUUACAAGAACAUUAUGAACAUGUCUGUGAUAAAUGCCCAUAUCACUACAAUUCCAGUGAAAGUUUUCUGUAUCAAGAAUGUUUCAAAUUCAAAGAAGAAACAAACAAGGCUGCACUGAGCAAUGAAAUCAGAAUGGCACCAGGGUUAUCUUCUCAUCAGUAA